CAUUGGUUUAUUUAUUUAUCUUUUUUAAAGCUGUCGCAGCGGAACCCUUUAAUUUUUCAAAGAAGUAAUAUUUCCUGCAAAUUUGUCUUUCUUCUCCGUCUCUUAGUUUUCUAGUUUUCCGGGCUCUGUUGGCGAACUGUUAAUAGAAAAAUACGUAGUAGUAGUAGUAGUAGUGGUGGUAUCAAAUCUCUGAACAUAAUGAAUUUUCAAAUAUUACCCCUCUGAAGUCUGAUCCAUUAUCCCUCCUUUUCCAAUCAUUUUUCCUUUGCUUCUGUCUCUCUCCCCUCGAGUUCUUCGCUUUAUAGAGCUUCUUAUGCGACUGUUACUGCUUUGAAGGAUUCUUUGUAUUUUGUGGAAAUCUUUUACAGGCACAUAACUUGGGGCUUAGGGGUUUAGUUCAUUUACACUCAUGUGGGUGGUUGUGAAAUGCCCUAGGCAGGAUGAGGGAUUUCAUUCUUGCCUUUGAAGACUUUGCUGAAGGCCUGUGUUGGUAUAUGGUAGAAGCUGUAGAGUUUUUAAACGAGGAGGGGAUUGCAUUUUUUUUGGUUGUAGCCUCCUUAAUUGAGGAUUUUAUUAUAUUCUUCUUUUCUCACUUUAGGGCCUUAAUUUCCUUUGCAUAAUAACAUCUAUAGCCCCUUUGGACAACGAUAUUAAGGUUUUGAUAUUGUUGAAUGGAGUAGGUGUUGAGAUCUGGAACAAGAACAAGAGUUGAGUGGUGUUCAUGAUUCUGAACCUGGGUAUUCUUGGCUGAAUUGGUUACUGUGGGCUACAAUUUAGAGUAAAUUCAAAAACAGUGGUGAUGGGUUCAAUUCAAAAUAUAGUUUAUUAUUGCUGUGUAUCAAGAUGUAACCGGAUUCUCUAUGCAUAUAGUGGUGGAGACCAUGAAAUCGAAAAUUUGGCUGGGCUGUGCUUGGAAAAAGCUCCUCCUUUCCAUAGGUGGUAUUUUGAGACGAUGGGAAAGAGGACCUUCGGGUUUUUGAUGGAAGAUGGAUACGUUUAUUUUACCAUUGUUGAUGAGAGUCUUGGAAAUCCUGGGGUCCUUCAGUUUCUGGAGCAUCUGAGAGAUGAGUUCAAGAAGGUAACCAAAAAGGGUUCAAGAGGAAGUUUGUCAACUAUGACUACUAAUGGCAUACAAGAGCAACUAGUUCCUGUUAUCCACCGCUUGAUCACCUCCUUGGAGAAUGUUUCUCAGGGUGGUAAUGACUGGGCUUCUGAAACUCCUCCGUUACUUCAUGCUGGUCUAUCUCCUUCACCAAGUGGUGUAGAUGGGCAAAUUGAAGUUGCCAGUUCUACAAAAGCUCCUUUAUUGGGCAAGUCUAGCAAACAAGAUAAGAAGAAGGCAAAGGAUCAUGUUAUCACGAUGAGAGACAUUGAGUUGGAAGAGCAUCGAAAAUCAACUGAUAGAAGUAUCAAUACUGAUUCAAUUUCAGCAGCUUUAGAUCCUACUAACCAAGUUGGAGCAGGUUCUUCCGUACAGAAGGAUUUGGGUUCAAUGAGAAUCAGAUCAGGUUCUCAGAGCAUUCGGAAAAAGUGGUGGCGUCAAGUUCGGAUUGUUCUUGCUGUUGAUGCAGCUGUUUGUCUAAUAUUAUUUGUGAUUUGGUUAUUGAUCUGUGGAGGCAUCGAGUGCAUCCGAUGAAAGUUCUUGUCAUUUGCGCAUUUAUUCAGCCAAAUCAAGAUUCCAAAAGGGGAGAUGGAAAUUUACGCUAUUUGGUUCAGAAAGCUGAAAAUUAUAACUCGUUUAGGAAUUGGUUUCUGUGACGAGAGAUCAAGUACAUAGAAAACUUCAUUAACCUUCAUUUAGAUUCUUACAUCUGUUUGGAAGGUAUGUUGGUUUUAAAAAAUACACAUUCAGGCGUUAUAGAUUUAGAAAAUCCAUCGUGUACAGAUCCAUAGUUUAUAUGCAUAUGUAUAUGCAAGUUUAUGGAAUUACCAACUAUUUCACUUGAUGGUUUGAAGUGAACUAAAUACAAGAUUGAUCUCGUAUAAGAAGUUAUUCUCGAUUUA